AUGAAAAAGGCUAUAGAAUUAACUGAACAAGCAGAUACAAAAGGAAUUCAAGUGCAAAUUGCAGGACGUAUCGACGGAAAAGAAAUUGCGCGUGUUGAAUGGAUCAGAGAGGGGAGGGUUCCACUACAAACCAUUCGAGCUAAAAUUGAUUAUUGUUGCUAUACAGUUCGAACGAUCUAUGGGGCACUUGAACCCGCUUGGAUCACCUCUAGACAAAUAGAAGCAGGUCGACGAGCAAUGACACGAAAUGCACGUCGCGGUGGAAAAAUAUGGGUCCGUAUAUUUCCAGAUAAACCAGUUACAGUAAGACCCGCAGAAACACGUAUGGGUUCAGGUCGAAUACUUUAUGAAAUGGGUGGAGUAACAGAAAAUAUAGCCAGAAGGGCUAUUUCAAUAGCAGCGUCCAAAAUGCCUAUACGAAUUAGACAAGAAAAGAUUGAAUACUCAGUUGAUUCCAUCCUUACUACAUACUACAUCAACAUUUCAGAAUAG